CAUUCAUAAUCUUUCCGCCAUUGUGCAAUCAGAGUUCUACAGCAUCUUCCAUUAGAUAGCAACGUUACAGGGGAGGAGGAAUCCAUCACAUUCGCUUCGAUUCGAUUUGAGAUAGUUUGAAGUUAAUCUGCAACCACAAAAAUAAGGAUGGACGAAGGACCAAAUGAUGAGGGGGUCACACCGCCUCCUCCGCCCGGCAUGAGUCCUCCUCCUCCCCCUGGAAUGGGUCCUCCGCCAGGUAUGGCACCUCCUGGUAUGGCACCACCGGGUAUGGGACCACCGGGUAUGGGACCACCGGGUAUGGGACCACCGGGUAUGGCACCACCGGGUAUGGCACCACCGGGUAUGGCACCUCCGGGUAUGGCACCACCUGGUAUGGGACCACCGGGUAUGGCACCUCCGGGUAUGGGACCUCCGCCUGGUAUGGGACCUCCGCCUGGUACUAUCCCUCCACCACCACCUGGUAUGGGACCUCCGCCUGGUACUAUCCCUCCACCACCUCCGGGAAUGGGUCCUCCAGGCAUGAUCCCUCCAAACCAGGAGCAGAAUUUUCCUCCGCCUCCCGGCAUGUUUUCUGCAGCCCCUGGAAUGGGCCCGCCGCCGCCACCACCCGGAAUGGGUGCGGGCUUUCCUUUUGAUGCAAACACGAUGGACGAUCGCGAAGAAAAGGCGAAACGCUGGGAUGAGAUGCAAUCCGAAGAAUACAAUGAACCCAAAAAGAUGGGACCUUUUUCGGCCCCUCAAAAGGAAAUCAUGCCUGCAGACUUUUUGCGAAAAAUUUUGCAGGAUCACGGCGACAUGUCGAGCAAGCGAUAUCAAUCCGAGAAACGACUCUACCUGGGAGCCCUCAAGUACAUGCCGCACGCACUGUACAAGCUACUGGAAAACAUGCCAAUGCCUUGGGAGUCUUACAAAGAAGUCCCGAUUCUAUUCCAUAUCACCGGUGCCAUUUGCUUCGUGGAUCAAGUCCCAAAGGUCAUAGAACCCGUUUAUCGGGCUCAAUGGGGUACAGCAUGGUUGAUGAUGCGGCGUGAGAAACGAGAUCGACGACAUUUCAAGCGGAUGCGAUUUCCUCCUUUUGACGACGAGGAACCCCCGCUGGACUACGUGGAUCAUCUGCUGAACGUAGAGCCGGGAGAAGCUAUCCAACUGGAUCUCGACGAUCCUCAGUACGAUCUGAUUCGAGACUGGUUUUACGACCAACAACCCCUGAGUGAUGUACGGGACAACACCGAGGACGAAAUACUGAAGCAUGCGUGGGUGAAUGGCCCAAGUUACAAGACGUGGCGAUUGGAUACUCAAAUCAUGUCACAAAUGUUCGAGUUGGCGGAACCACUUCUAAACGCCUUUCCGGACAAGAACAUUCGGUAUAAUUUCGAUUUGCCUCAUUUCUUGACCGCUAAGGCAUUGAAUGCAGCCAUUCCCGGAGGUCCGAAAUUCGAACCUUUGUUUCGGGAUGUGGAAGAAGAUGAAGAUUGGAAUGAUUUUAACGACAUUUCGAAAAUCAUUAUUCGACAACCGAUUCGAACCGAGUACAAGAUUGCUUUCCCCAAUGUCUACAACUCGAGACCACGCAAAGUCCGUUUGGCUCCAUACCAUUUUGUUCAGUCUUCGCACGUCAUUGGUACAGACGAGGCAGACGAAGAGGAUGGAAUCUUAGCUUUCGAAAGCUACCCAUCUCAGCUCAAUCCUAUUGUUCGAGUAGAGAAGGACGAUUAUAAUCGCUUUUCCAGGAAAACGAAUGAUUUCAGUGAAUUUGACGAGGAUGACUUCAAUAUACCGUUGGUAGGAGAAACAGACGACGAUGCACCAAAUUAUUGGAUUUGUGAUCAAGAUUCUGAUGAAGAUGAUACCUACCACUUUCCUUCGACUGGCGAACAGACUUCCACCAACAACACGAAUGUCACAGUGGAUCCGUUUUUGGCAGAAAAGCCUAUUUCUACCCAAAAAACCACUCCGGGCAUUGCACUCUAUUCUGCACCUUAUCCGUUCAACACAAGAUCAGGCCGAACUAGGCGUACCAUUGACGUUCCUCUUAUUGGGCACUGGUUCCGCGAUAGAGUGUCGGGUGACUUAAAAUAUCCGACCAAGGUCCGAGUGUCGUAUCAAAAGCUUCUGAAGGCAUGGGUACUGAAUCAGCUACAUUCUAGACCAGAGAAGCCAAAAAGUAAACGAACACUUUUUAAGAGCCUCAAGAGCACCAAAUUCUUCCAGUGUACUGAACUCGACUGGGUGGAAGCUGGUCUUCAAGUGUGCAAGCAAGGACACAAUAUACUCAACCUUCUUAUCAACCGGAAGCAGCUAAAGUAUCUUCACUUGGACUAUAACUUCAAUCUGAAGCCAACUAAGACUUUGACAACGAAGGAAAGAAAGAAAUCGAGGUUUGGUAACGCGUUCCACCUUGUAAGAGAAAUUUUACGCCUGACCAAACUUGUGGUUGACGCACAUGUGCAAUUUCGGUUGUCGAACAUUGAUGCCUACCAACUUGCGGAUGGCCUCCAGUAUGCCUUUAAUCACGUGGGACAACUGACAGGAAUGUACCGUUAUAAGUACCGCUUGAUGCGUCAAAUCCGAACUUGUAAAGAUUUGAAGCAUUUGAUCUACUACCGCUUCAACACUGGGCCUGUCGGGAAGGGACCAGGAGUUGGAUUUUGGGCUCCAAGUUGGCGUGUAUGGAUAUUCUUUUUAAGAGGCAUUGUGCCCUUGCUAGAGCGUUGGCUUGGAAACUUGUUGGCUCGACAAUUCGAAGGUCGACUCUCGAAGUCGUUCGCCAAGAAUGUGACCAAGCAGAGAGUUGAGUCACAUUUUGAUCUUGAAUUGCGAGCUUCUGUCAUGCAUGACAUUCUUGAUAUGAUGCCGGCAGGUGUCAAGCAGAAUAAGAGCCGUGUCAUUCUUUCGCAUCUCAGUGAGGCCUUUCGAUGCUGGAAAGCAAACAUUCCAUGGAAGGUUCCCGGAAUGCCGGCCCCAGUAGAGAACAUGAUCCUACGUUACGUUAAAGCGAAGGCAGAUUGGUGGACUAAUAUUGCCCAUUACAAUCGAGAACGAAUCAAACGCGGGGGUAGUGUUGAUAAGACUGUGGUGAAAAAGAAUCUGGGUCGAUUGACUCGUCUUUGGUUGAAGGCUGAACAGGAACGACAGCAUAACUACUUGAAGGACGGUCCAUAUGUGUCUGCUGAAGAAGCUGUCGCUAUUUAUACUACAACAGUCCAUUGGUUGGAAAGUCGAAAAUUCACACCAAUUCCCUUCCCACCUUUAUCGUAUAAACACGAUACAAAAUUAUUGAUUUUGGCUCUGGAACGCUUGAAGGAGGGAUAUGGCCUACAAAUCAGACUCAAUAGUGCUGCAAGAGAGGAGCUGGCUCUGAUCGAACAAGCGUAUGACAAUCCGCACGAGGCACUGAGUCGAAUCAAACGGCACUUACUGACGCAGAGAACGUUCAAGGAAACUACGAUUGAAUUUAUGGACGUAAGUAACAACACCAUCUCACGAGUAUGGAAGGAAAUAGUUUGCCGUCGUGUUGACGGAGACAAUCUCUCACUUCACUUUUACAAUUGUCAUUCAGAUGUACCAAUAUUUAUCUCCUGUGUAUACGAUUGAACCGUUGGAGAAAAUAACGGAUGCUUACUUGGACCAGUAUUUGUGGUAUGAAGCUGACAAGAGACAUUUGUUUCCAAAUUGGGUCAAACCUGCCGAUUCUGAACCACCUCCGCUUUUAGUAUAUAAAUGGUGUCAAGGGGUGAACAACCUUGAGAACAUCUGGGAUGUCGAAGAGAAUGGCGAGAGUGUCGUGUUAAUGGAGACAAAAUACGAGAAGUUUUACGAGAAAAUUGACUUGACCCUCCUGAAUCGCCUGUUGCGAUUGAUCGUUGAUCACAAUAUUGCCGACUAUAUGACAGCAAAAAACAACAUCAGCAUCUCUUUCAAAGACAUGAUGCAUACCAAUAGUUAUGGACUGAUCCGUGGCCUGGCGUUCUCGUCGUUCAUAGUACAAUACUAUGGUCUAAUACUCGAUUUGCUACUACUUGGUUUGACCAGGGCAAGCGAAAUCGCUGGGCCCCCUCAACGACCCAAUGAAUAUCUCACAUUUGCGGAUAUUGAAACGGAAGUAAAUCAUCCCAUUCGAAUGUAUACUCGAUACCUUGACAAGACAUAUAUUCUCUUCAAGUUUGAUGCAAACGAAGGAAAAGACAUCAUUCAGAGGUACCUUAUUGAGCAUCCUGACCCUAAUAAUGAAAAUGCAGUAGGGUAUCGAAAUAAGAAGUGUUGGCCACGUGACUGUAGAAUGCGGCUACUUCGAAGGGAUGUCAAUCUAGGCCGAGCAGUCUUCUGGGACAUGAAAAAUCGCUUGCCAAGAAGUGUAACAACCUUGGACUGGGACAAUUCCUUCGUAAGCGUCUACAGCGCUGAUAAUCCAAACUUGCUGUUUGAUAUGUGUGGAUUCGAAGUGAGAAUAAAUCCAAUCAAAGCCAUUCGACGUGAUAUUUUCACCGGUGGGCAAGUUGAAGCAAAUGCAACAACCUAUAAGGACGGUGUCUGGAAUUUGCAAAAUGAAACGACGAAAGAAAUGACAGCUCAAGCACACCUACGUGUCGAAGACUCAGCUGUACAAGCUUUCGAUAAUCGAAUUAGACAAAUCUUGAUGAGUAGUGGGGCCACAACGUUUACCAAAAUUGCGAAUAAGUGGAAUACAGCAUUGAUUGGUCUCAUGACUUAUUAUCGCGAAGCGGUGUUGAAUACUCAAGAGCUUCUUGAUCUGCUUGUAAAAAAUGAGAACAAAAUUCAGACUCGUAUCAAGAUCGGUUUGAACAGUAAAAUGCCAAGUCGCUUUCCGCCUGUUGUUUUCUAUUGUCCAAAAGAGCUCGGUGGCCUUGGUAUGCUGUCCAUGGGACAUGUGCUGAUUCCACAAAGUGAUCUUCGUUAUAGCAAGCAAACAGAUAUGGGGGUUACUCAUUUUCGAUCUGGUUUGAGUCAUGAUGCAGAGCAAUUGAUUCCGAACCGUAAGUAACCUGCGCUCGAACCUGUAUGAUUUUCUGUUCUUCGCACUUAACCUCAUUUCUUGUUUCACUUUAUUCGUGUGCUCAGUAUUUCGAUACUUACAACCUUGGGAGAGCGAAUUUGUUGACUCUCAAAGAGUAUGGGCAGAAUACGCCUUGAAACGUCAGGAAGCAAAUAGCCAGAAUAGAAGACUAACUUUGGAAGAUCUCGAAGAUUCAUGGGACCGUGGAAUUCCCCGGAUUAACACGCUUUUUAGCAAGGAUCGUCAUACUUUAGCCUAUGAUCGAGGAUGGAGAGUACGCACAGAAUUCAAACAGUACCAAGUUCUGCGAGUCAAUCCAUUCUGGUGGACACAUCAGCGUCAUGAUGGAAAGCUUUGGAAUCUAAACGCGUAUAGAACAGAUAUGAUUCAGGCUCUCGGUGGAGUUGAGGGUAUUUUAGAACACAGUCUGUUCAAAGGAACCUACUUCCCGACGUGGGAAGGUCUAUUCUGGGAGAAGGCUUCUGGAUUCGAAGAAAGUAUGAAGUUCAAAAAAUUGACCAAUGCUCAGCGUUCUGGUUUGACACAGAUCCCAAAUAGACGAUUCACUCUUUGGUGGUCGCCAACUAUCAAUCGUGCGAAUGUUUAUGUUGGUUUCCAGGUGCAGCUAGAUUUAACAGGUAUUUUCAUGCACGGAAAAAUUCCGACUCUGAAGAUUUCUUUGAUUCAGAUCUUCAGAGCGCAUCUUUGGCAAAAAAUUCACGAGAGUAUUGUAAUGGAUAUUGCUCAAGUCUUUGACCAAGAGCUCGAUUCAUUGGAAAUCGAAAGUGUCCAGAAGGAGACGAUUCACCCUCGGAAGUCUUACAAAAUGAACAGCAGUGUUGCAGAUCUGGUUUUGUUCGCUGCGUAUAAAUGGCCAGUUUCAAAACCUAGUCUUUUGCAUGACACGAAGGACGAUUAUGAUGGGAGUACAUCCAACAAGUUUUGGCUUGAUGUACAGUUACGCUGGGGUGAUUUUGAUUCUCACGAUAUUGAACGAUACUCUCGUGCAAAAUAUCUUGAUUAUACAACAGACAAUAUGAGCAUUUAUCCAUCGCCGACCGGUUGUCUUCUUGCUGUGGAUCUGGCUUACUCGUUGUACAGCGGAUUCGGAAACUACAUUCCAGGAGGUAAGCCUCUUCUACAGCAAGCGAUGGCAAAGAUCAUCAAGGCAAAUCCUGCACUCUAUGUUUUGCGAGAAAGAAUCAGAAAGGGUCUCCAGUUGUACUCAAGUGAACCAACCGAACCAUAUUUGAGUUCUCAGAAUUAUGGCGAACUAUUCAGUAACCAAGUCAUUUGGUUCGUAGACGACACGAAUGUCUACCGGGUGACUAUACACAAAACUUUUGAAGGAAAUCUUACAACGAAACCUAUUAACGGUGCAAUCUUCAUUUUUAAUCCAAGAACUGGUCAGCUUUUCCUCAAAAUCAUCCAUACAAGUGUAUGGGCCGGCCAAAAACGUCUGUCACAGCUUGCCAAGUGGAAAACUGCUGAGGAAGUCGCUGCGCUCAUUCGGUCGCUUCCUAUCGAAGAGCAACCAAAGCAAAUUAUUGUCACGAGAAAAGGGAUGCUUGACCCAUUGGAAGUGCAUUGUCUUGACUUCCCUAACAUUGUUUUGAAGGGUUCCGAAUUACAGCUUCCUUUCCAAGCUGCUUUGAAGGUUGAGAAGUUUGGAGAUCUCAUAUUGCGGGCAACUGAACCUCAGAUGGUUCUAUUUAAUAUCUACGAUGAUUGGUUGAAAUCAAUUUCUUCAUACACAGCCUUUUCACGUCUAAUUCUAAUUUUGAGGGGACUUCAUGUCAACGUCGACAAAGUGAAGCAAAUUUUGCGUCCGGAUAGAACUGUUGUCACGGAACCACAUCACGUUUGGCCAACUCUCACAGACGAGCAAUGGAUCAAGAUCGAAGUUGCUUUGAAGGAUUUGAUUCUUGCCGACUACGGGAAAAAGAACAACGUAAACGUAUCAAGUUUGACUCAAAGUGAAAUUCGGGACAUUAUUCUGGGUAUGGAAAUUGCUCCUCCUUCUGUUCAGCGUCAACAAGUGGCCGAGAUUGAAGCCCAAGCGCGUCAACAAUCGCAAAUGACCGCGACCACGACAAAAACAACCAACGUACAUGGGGAACAGAUUGUUGUUACUACUACCACUCAGUUCGAGCAAGAUACGUUCCAGAGCAAGACUGACUGGCGAGUGAGAGCAAUAAGUGCUACAAAUCUAUAUCUACGAACCAAACAUAUUUAUGUUUCUUCGGAGGAUAUUUCUGAAGAUGGCCUGACGUACGUGCUACCGAAAAAUAUUCUUUCGAAAUUCAUCACCAUUGCGGACCUUCGAACACAGAUUGCCGGUUAUCUUUAUGGUGUGACUCCCGAUGAUAAUGACCAGGUGCGAGAAAUCCGUUGUAUCGUCAUGGUUCCCCAGGUUGGAAAUCACCAGAGUGUUACAAUGCCGAAGAAACUUCCCGACGAUCCAUUAUUGAACGACCUGGAACCUCUGGGUUGGAUUCACACGCAGCCCAAUGAAUUGAUUCAAAAUGGGACGCAGGUCCUCCCAGCUCCUGACGUCGUGACCCACGCCUCUAUAAUUAGUGAUCAUCCCAACGCAUGGACUGGAAAGAAUGAAAUCGUCUUAACAACAUCAUUUACUCAGGGAUCGUGUUCUCUCACUGCGUACCGUGUGACAGAUCAUGGACUUGAAUGGGGCAAGAAGAGUAGAAACGUUGCAGGAGGUGUGGCUAACGCACAAGAUUAUUCAUCGAACUGCUUCGAAAAGGUGCAGAUGUUACUCAGUGAUCGAUUCAAAGGAUUUUUCAUGGUCCCACGCGAUGGACUCGGAUGGAAUUACAACUUCCAGGGUGUGAAACAUAAUGUGUCGAUGGAUUACACGCUCAAGAUGGAUACUCCCGAGGCAUUUUAUGCCGAAUGUCAUCGACCGCAGCAUUUUCUUUCGUUCGUACAGAUGGAGGAUGGGGAUGCAAAUGAAGGCGCCGACAUCGAGGACGCACUAUCUUAAAUUCAACUUCGUACUAGAUAUAUUUAUUAUUUCAAUCAAGAUAAUUCUACUAGAUAUGGUGGCACUUAUUGGAAGAUACAGAGUUAUGGAGGAACAAACGGUAGACCGGUUCAGCUCUGGGGAAAUGAUAGGAAAUAGGAGUACUUACAAAAUUACAGUAUGGUAGUUCUUAAUAUUUGCGGUGCACUGACCAGGAAUCAAUUUUGGAAUUGAUUUUGACAAACAGCUGAAUUCCUGUUGCAGGGUUCUACAACUAAUUGCACAACCAUGGAUGAUCUAUCACAAGCCUAAUUAAAGCAAUCUUUAAAC